AUGGAAGCCGAGCGGAAAAAGAGCUUAGACUUAAAUAAAAUUUCUUCUCCUCGUGCUGCCAAUAUUGCUAAAAAGCUUGAGAUAAGUGCCCAAGAAUUUUAUAGAAAUGUACAAACGCCUACAGUAAAGCAAAUUCCAAGCUAUAUAUCUAGCGAAAGAUCAGCAAUACAAACUAGAACAAGUGAAAAAAAUAUGUAUAGUGAUUACAAAGUAUUGAUGAGCCCAAGAAUUGAUAAGCGUUUUCAGCACACUCCUUCAAAAAAUAAAUUAUAA